CAGCGGGAGGUGUCGGUGUGGCCGCCCCCGCCCCCGCCUCCGCCCCGCGCUCAGCCAGGCUCGGCCGCCGCCCGGGUGGAUGGGAUGGAAGCAGGACCCUCGGGAGCAGCUGCGGGCGCUUACCUGCCACCCUUACAGCAGGUAUUUCAAGCACCACGCCGGCCCGGGAUAGGAACCGUCGGGAAGCCCAUCAAGCUCUUGGCCAACUACUUUGAAGUGGACAUUCCCAAGAUCGAUGUCUAUCACUAUGAAGUGGAUAUCAAACCCGACAAAUGUCCACGCAGAGUCAACAGAGAGGUGGUGGAAUAUAUGGUACAACACUUCAAACCUCAGAUCUUCGGUGACCGCAAGCCAGUAUACGAUGGGAAGAAAAACAUUUACACUGUCACUGCUUUGCCCAUUGGAAAUGAACGGGUUGACUUUGAGGUAACAAUUCCGGGAGAAGGCAAGGACAGGAUCUUUAAGGUUUCCAUAAAGUGGAUGGCAAUCGUGAGCUGGCGGAUGCUGCAUGAAGCCCUAGUGAGCGGGCAGAUCCCCGUCCCUCUGGAAUCGGUCCAGGCGCUGGAUGUGGCCAUGCGCCAUCUGGCUUCAAUGAGGUACACUCCUGUGGGCCGCUCCUUUUUCUCUCCCCCAGAAGGUUACUACCACCCCCUUGGUGGGGGCAGGGAGGUUUGGUUUGGAUUCCAUCAGUCCGUCAGGCCUGCCAUGUGGAAGAUGAUGCUCAACAUUGACGUGUCGGCAACGGCUUUCUACAAAGCCCAGCCUGUGAUUGAGUUCAUGUGUGAAGUGCUGGACAUCCGGAACAUUGACGAGCAGCCGAAGCCCCUGACGGAUUCACAGAGGGUGCGCUUCACUAAGGAGAUCAAAGGUUUGAAAGUAGAGGUGACCCACUGUGGGCAGAUGAAGAGGAAAUACCGUGUGUGUAACGUUACCAGGCGACCAGCCAGUCACCAAACGUUCCCCCUGCAGCUGGAGAGUGGCCAGACUGUGGAGUGCACAGUGGCUCAGUACUUUAAGCAGAAAUACAACCUGCAGCUGAAAUACCCCCACCUACCAUGUCUGCAGGUUGGCCAGGAACAGAAGCACACGUACCUGCCCCUGGAGGUGUGUAACAUUGUGGCAGGCCAGCGCUGCAUCAAGAAGCUAACAGACAAUCAGACGUCAACCAUGAUAAAGGCAACAGCAAGGUCCGCCCCGGACAGGCAAGAGGAAAUCAGCCGCCUGAUGAAAAAUGCCAGUUACAACCUAGAUCCGUACAUACAGGAGUUUGGGAUAAAGGUGAAGGAUGACAUGACGGAGGUGACCGGGAGGGUCCUUCCUGCGCCAAUCCUACAGUAUGGAGGACGGAACCGGGCGAUCGCCACUCCCAACCAGGGCGUGUGGGAUAUGCGCGGGAAGCAGUUCUACAACGGCAUUGAGAUCAAAGUGUGGGCCAUCGCAUGCUUUGCCCCUCAGAAGCAGUGUCGAGAAGAGGUGCUGAAGAACUUCACAGACCAGCUGCGCAAGAUAUCCAAGGAUGCAGGGAUGCCAAUCCAGGGACAGCCAUGCUUCUGUAAAUACGCCCAGGGCGCAGACAGCGUGGAGCCCAUGUUUCGACACCUCAAAAACACCUACUCAGGGCUCCAGCUCAUCAUUGUCAUCCUACCAGGGAAAACACCAGUGUAUGCGGAGGUAAAGCGUGUGGGGGACACACUCCUGGGGAUGGCCACACAGUGCGUUCAGGUCAAGAACGUGGUGAAGACCUCUCCACAAACCCUCUCCAAUCUCUGCCUCAAGAUCAAUGUCAAGUUGGGUGGAAUCAACAACAUCCUCGUGCCUCAUCAGCGCUCAGCCGUCUUUCAGCAGCCAGUGAUCUUCCUCGGAGCUGAUGUCACUCACCCGCCAGCAGGAGAUGGGAAGAAGCCUUCCAUCACAGCCGUUGUGGGCAGCAUGGAUGCCCACCCGAGCCGUUACUGUGCCACGGUGCGUGUGCAGCGACCACGACAGGAGAUUAUCGAGGACUUGUCAUACAUGGUGAGGGAACUUCUUAUCCAGUUCUACAAGUCCACCCGCUUCAAGCCCACCAGGAUCAUCUUCUAUCGGGACGGGGUUCCCGAGGGGCAGCUCCCACAGAUUCUUCACUACGAGCUUCUGGCAAUCCGGGAUGCCUGCAUCAAACUGGAAAAGGAUUAUCAGCCUGGCAUCACCUACAUAGUUGUCCAGAAACGGCACCACACCCGCCUUUUCUGUGCAGACAAGAACGAGAGGAUUGGCAAGAGUGGCAACAUCCCGGCAGGAACAACUGUGGAUACCAACAUCACCCACCCAUUUGAAUUCGACUUCUACCUUUGCAGUCAUGCAGGCAUUCAGGGUACGAGCAGACCUUCCCAUUACUACGUCCUCUGGGAUGACAACCGGUUUACAGCGGAUGAGCUGCAGAUCCUCACGUACCAGCUCUGUCACACCUAUGUGCGGUGCACCCGCUCUGUCUCCAUCCCAGCACCAGCAUACUAUGCCCGGUUAGUGGCAUUCAGGGCACGAUACCACCUCGUGGACAAAGAGCAUGACAGUGGCGAGGGCAGCCAUAUAUCCGGACAGAGCAACGGGCGAGAUCCCCAGGCCCUGGCAAAGGCUGUACAGGUUCAUCAGGACACUUUACGUACCAUGUACUUUGCUUGAAAGCCUAACUUUUUUUUACCUCACUCAAGAAAGCUUUCAGAUUUGUAGGAGCCAUACAAAAACGGAAGCAUUGGGACACCUUGUUUUUUUCCAGUAAGAAAUCACUGCAGGGCAGGCAGCGUCGAUUCAGGCAGGAGACCAACACCACACGUGGAGAGAGAAAUCAGACACCUUGGUAAUAUUGGAAGAGACUGAAAUUUUUUUUUGUCUUGUUUUGUUGUUGGUUUUUGUUCUUUGUUUUUUAAUUUUUCUGGCUUUGCAAAUUUUAACCUGACCAAACCAAUGAAGGCGUUUUAAGGAAGGGAUAGAACUUCCCACAAAACGGAAGCAGGUUUUCAUUUUAAAAUGCAAUACUAUAGACUUCUGACUGUGAAAUAGUGGGAUUGGUCCUCCAUUGCCAGCCAGACGCUGGUAGGUAUUUUUUGCGGGGGUUGGGGGGAGGGAUUUUUAGAGCCUUAAACAGAAGACUAGAUUUAUAAAACUAAUAUUUUAGGAUACCAGAUGCUUUAAUGGGUUGAGGAGAAGAAAAAAAUAACUAGUUUAUAGGAAAAUUCUAACACUAACAUUUCCCCCCCCAAAAUAAUUUCCCCCCAUAUAACGUAAGGCACCCUAGCACUUAGCUCAGAACUGAUGAAAAUUGUCUUCCUUGUGUUAAAAGCUAGUUAGCUGCUGCCAUUUGAAGCAACAGUCACAGACUUUUCCGUGGGUGAGUGCCUUACUAUGAUGCUGCAAAAUUUCAAUGUUUUUAUCUUGUAAGGAAAAAAAAUAGUAAUCUUGUCUUGGUGAUGGUCCAUAUUUCCAUCCGAAGGAGUUGAUUUUAUGUUCAUAGAGUUACAGUUUUGUUAUAUCACAACCUCAUGAUGGUUAAACUCCAUUGAAAGAUGUGCACUUUCAUAUAGGACAAGUUUAAUAGCUGCUGACCCGUUUUUUUUGUUUCCAGUGUACUACUUUGUUAUUUAAAACUCCAUUUCUGACAAAUGGGGGCAUCUUCAUCCCAUGAAGACAGAAAUCUCCAUAUUGAUAUUUUUUUUUUCUGAAUUUCUAUAAUGAUGGACACUGGGAUUUUUUUACUAAACAUUAUUUUUAUACGAUACUGAGUCUGUUGCCAAAAUACACAAGUCAUUAACAUUCUCAGAGUUUACAUCACUGCACUUCCUGAGACUUUGUAUAUUCAUGCCAGAGAUUUAUAGUACUUCCUGUCCAAUGAGUGUAAUGCAAACUGCAGUCUGUGCAGCCUUGGGGUAUUCUUUUUUUAAUGCUCUUGUGUAUCUUCCUUUUGUCAUGUGCAUCCAUCACAUGCCAUUGUGGGCAGUCUGCGCUCUCAACUACUAUAUGCCCCAACUCCAGCAUGUUCAAAGUGUCUUGGUAGCUUCUGCUGCUAGGGUUUUGCUGCUUUUUGUAUCACAAUGUUACUGAUUUUUGUGCAUGGGGUUUUUAAUCUGAAACAAUGCCAGAUUGUUCAUUAGUCCAAAAAAUGAAAUGCAUAUUACUAUCACGGGGAAAUUCCUAUUGAUUUGUGUUCUUAUGGGGGGGGCGGGGGAAGGAACCUGGUUUGUGUGUGGGUUUUUUUGUUUUGUUUUCCCCCCCCCCCCAGCAGUAACAACUGCUUUUCAAACUCAUUUUGCUGUAUUGACCAUUCAGCAUGGCAAGGCUAUGGUAGCAGUGACUACUUGGCUAUAUCAGAUGGGCAGGCUAUCAGUUUUUAAUAUUAAAGCAUGCACUAAAACCUUUCAGCAAGAGAAGGAACUUUUUUACACUGUUAUCGGACUGACAGGGGGAGCAGUUCUGUUCAUCAUUUUCCUGCCAGAGUGAAUGAAUUUUUAAAGUCUAACAUAGACACUGCCCUCUGCCAGUACACAUUACGAUAAGCACACGGUUUUUUCAUAACUUGGACGUUGAGACUUGCCUUGCUAAGACCAGCUUGAGAUCACGUUGACCCAUCACUCUGUUCUGAUACCAGUAACUUCACUGUACUCUUUUUUUUCUUUUGGGGCAACAUGUUUGUGAAGAAGUAAGACACCAAUAUGCUAUGCAAUCCAAGCGCUGAGCUCACCGAUGCCACGUUGUCUGAAGAUUCGAAACAUAGCUCAGUUGUACUCCUCAAGCCUACAGUGUUGGAUCACAUUCUCCUUUGCACCUUGUGUGCAACUCCACUGCUGUAUAUCUGCAAGGUGCCAGAGGAAGGAAGACAGGAACUCUUCUUCCUCAGUAGGGUAGCCAGCUUUGGGGGAGGGAGGGGGAUGUUAGAGAGUAGGGAAUGCAUUAACACUAAGUGUCAACAAGAGAAGCCUACAUUCCUUUACACAAGUGCCUGCAUAGUGACACACAUUCAGCACCUCUUCACUCCAUCCUCCACACUCCAGCACGUACCCAUAGAUAGCAGGGUUGAUCCCCCAGCAGGGUUGAACCCACCCAUUUUGACAUAAAGAACUCUUCAUUAAGGAUACCGUUUGAGUUUGUCGCAUGUUCUCCGCACCUUUUGCUUAGGUCAAGGUUUCUGUCAUAAAUCAGUUUGUUCACCAGCAUUAAAACUGAAAGCACCUGGCUGCUCUUUUGUAGCCAAGGGCCCAGGCUUUCGGUUUGUAUUUUUUUCACGUUUUUAGUUGGGUCUAGAACUCCAACGUAUCUUUUAGAAGCUAUGGCAUAGCAUACGCCAUUUUUAACCAUUUGAAGUGAGAUAGCGUGGGCAUUUACAGAAACAACCUGUUGCUCUGUAACAAUUUCUUUUUAACUUUGAGACUUGAAAUGUAAAAUGGACCUUAAGAUUUGCACUCCUUCGAAAGGUGGCUGUUCAUAGAGACCUAUGAAUGAAGACUCACUGAUGUAGCACCUAGUUUUAACAGCAAUUUAUAACUACACAAAAGCUUCACAGCUCCUGAAACGCUCAACUGAAAGCUUGCAGAUCCUGUUCUGCCCUUAUUUCACCCCGUGUGUGCUGGGUUUUCCAUUUUUGAACCAAUACAAAUGCCAAAUUCUAGAGCUGCUGUGCCCUCAACCAUGUUUCCAUUUUGGAGAAGUUAACGGCUGUUUUGUAUAAUGGACUAUGCACUGUACCUUCCACAUGGCUUUGGCAUUCUGUAUUUCUGCCCUUUUGUUGUCUGAAAUGCAAACGAAUAACUGCAUGUUGUGGUGCUGUGCGUUUUUUAACUACCCAUAGCCGAUAGAUGUGUAAUCCAUAUGCCUAUUACAAUUGAUAGUUGGACGCAAGGCCCACGUAAGCAUCUUAAAUGACUCCUGAGUCUGUACGUUCUGAAAAUGCACGUGUCCCUCUUACAAUUGGAAACAUUGCCAAGUGCAUGCAGUUCAUUUCUGUCAGUUGUUUAAUGCUGCUUGCUGACCUCAUGCUCAUGUCUGAACAACAAGGGGUGCUUGAGGGCAGAACAUACCUCUCAAAAGAACCUAAGGAGGGCACAGGGUGUUCUGGGAUGUGCAACACUUGAUUAAGUGUUCAGGAUCGCAUCACAAAAGGGUUUUCUUGGAAAAUGAGUACAAGUAAACAAAUACGUUUCUUUUGGGAGGGGAAGCUAGACAGCAGAACAGCAAUAAAAUUUAAAAAAAAAGUGGAAUUCAUAUCUUGUGUGUGGUUUGCACUUCAAUAGUUGUGAAAGAAAACUGACGGGGAUUCCAGUGCUUUUGUGUUCAAUUUUUAACCCCUUUUGUACCUCCUUUAUACAAGCAAGUGUUGAACUGUACAUAGGAUGUUCACAAGACACUCAGUUUGGUUUUGUGUUGCUUGUGAGGUUUUUUUUUGUUGGUUUUUUUUUUUGCUAGCUUGAACUUUGUAUGGUCCAUUUGUUAAAUAGAUAUGAACAGUUGAUGUACAGUACUUAUUAAACAAGCAGCAGCACAAAACUUAUUUUAUAAAGAAAAUAAUGGCUUAUAUUUUAAAGGUUGAAUAUCAAUUUUUUUGUAUGAGUGGAAUUUAAGAUUGGUAAAGAGCAAUGAAAUUCUUGGAUUAGGCCGAAAAGAAAAUACUGUAAGAUCAUAAACACCUCUUUAUUAAAAAAAAAAAAAAAAAAGGUUUGGAUUAAAAAGUUCCAGAACGUUGUAUUUAAACUUGCUUUAUUGCAUUUGUGCAUUUUUUUGCCUUGGUUCUGACUUUUAUGUUUGCAGUUUUUGACUUUGCAGUCCCAAGUGUCUGUGUUCCUGUAACUGUUGGCAGAAGACCUAAUAAAUAAAAGCAGUGUUAAUAUAUUGGGGUGACCCUCCUGAGUGAGAUUCUGCGGGAGAACCACCUAGAGGGAGGUGGGGAGGAACACACCCAAUGCAAGAAAAUAUAACGUAAAGGAUUUGGAUACCAGCCGUCAAGUCUUUUGCUUGUAGCUGGAUUGCAUCAGAUACUGCAGGGGUUCCAAAUCUCCUUGGUUUCCAGCCUAUUCCAAUUUCAUGAGAGGAAAAUAUUGCAGCGAAUGAGUAGCUUGCUUAAAAUCUAUCGGAACAUGGUAACUAAUCCAAGCGUCUUAAAAGUAAACCUUCUGCAGGAAACGAAAAAAGGGUACACAUCACUAGAAAGGCAACUCUGUUGUCCCUGUAGUUUGAUUCGGCCUGUGAUCUCCAAUGUCCUUUCGUUUUGUUGCUUUUUUUUAUGGUUGUCAGAUAGUGACUGUACAGGGAAAUGCAUGUGCUGUACAUUUGGUACGACUUGAAUUAAAAAUCUGACUCAGAA